AUGGACGCCGUCGAAAACGGCGAGGCUUCCGCCGCUGCCGCUCGGCCGCCGACCUCUACGGCAACGGAGGUGGUGAAAGGCAACGAAGGCGACGGCGGAGAAGCCGUUGCUAACAGCGGCGGCGUGUCGGUCGAGAAGGACGUUAGCAAAGACGGCGGGGGGACCGACGAGGACACGGCGAGCGGGAGCGAGGAGGGGGGCGGCAAGAAAAAGAAGGAGGACGAUGAGGAGAAGGCCAAGUCGGUGGGCACGGCCAAGCUGCUGCUGAAGUACGCCUCUCCCCUGGAGAUGUUGUACAUGUUCCUCGGGACCAUCUCGGCCAUCGUGUGUGGCUUCAUUAUCGUAUUCGGGGACGUCAUGGACAAGCUUAACGGCGACAACAUCCUCAACACGGUGAUGUUCUGGAACACCGCCGGGGAGCAGGUGGCGCUCAAGCUUAAGAAGGAAUACGUGCGGGCCAUCCUGCGGCAGGACAUCGGUUGGUUUGACGAGCACCCUGCGGGAGAGUUGCCUAGCGCCGUCACGUCCGCGAUGGCCAAGAUUCAAGACGGAGUCGGCCGCAAGAUCGCGGACAUCAUCAUGAACUUCACGGUGUUUCUCGCCACCUUCAUCAUCGCCUUCACGGAGCUGCCCAAGUUGGCCGCUGUUCUGCUCGCUUGCUUCCCGUUCAUCGCGAUCUCCACCUUCGUGCUGGUGACGGUGGUGGCGAAGGCUACGGGACAGGGGAACAACCACUACUCCAAGGCAGGAGGGGUGGCGAACGAGGUUAUCGCGUCGAUCAGGACGGUCGCCUCCCUCACGGCGGAGGAGAACGAGAUGGACAGGUACUCCGGGCACCUCGACGGGGCGGAGAAGGCGGGCAUCAAGGCCGGCCUGAACAAGGGCGUCGGCACCGCGACGCUCUUCGCGAGCUUCUUCCUCGGCUACGCCCUUGCCUUCUGGUACGGUACAAAGCUCGUGGCGGACGACAUCGAAAGCGAUUGCGAAAGCGACUGCGCGACGGGGGGCCAAGUCAUCACCACCAUCUUCGGCGUCCUCAUCGGGGCCAUGUCCCUGGGACAGAUGGCCCCGGGAGCUACGGCGCUUGGACAGGCCAAGCAGGCCGGGUACCGGGUGUUCGAGACCCUGGAGAGGGUGCCCCCGAUCGACGCGGCCAGUCCCGAGGGGUCGAAGCCCGACAAGGUCGAAGGUCGCCUCGAGUUCAGGGAGGUCGGGUUCUCCUACCCCACCAGGCCGGACGACAAGGUACUGGACUCGGUGUCAAUCAGCGUCUCCCCCGGGGAGUCGCUUGCCCUGGUCGGGCCCUCCGGCGGCGGGAAGUCUACCGUAACCAAGCUCCUCCUUCGGUUCUACGACCCCACCUCGGGAAGCCUUUUCCUGGACGGGCACGACGUCAAGAGCCUGAACGUGCAGUACUACCGGGGGAAGAUCGGAUACGUCGGACAGGAACCCGUGCUGUUCGCCGGAACGAUCCGCGACAACGUCGCUCACGGAAAGCCUGACGCUACCGACGAGGAGAUCGUGACCGCUGCCAAGGCAGCCAACGCACACGACUUUAUCAAGAGCUUCCCGGACGCGUACGCGACUGACGUGGGGACCGGCGGCCUUCAGCUCUCGGGGGGACAGAAGCAGAGGAUCGCCAUCGCCCGAGCGAUCAUCAAGGACCCUGCUAUUUUGCUCCUUGACGAGGCUACCUCCGCACUCGACAGCGAGAGCGAGAAAGUGGUUCAGCAGGCCCUUGACCGUCUGCACAAGAUCCACAAGCACACCACGGUGGUGAUCGCUCACCGACUGUCCACCAUCCAGGAUGCCGAUCGCAUUGCCGUCGUUGCGGAGCAGGGUAUCGCAGAGCUCGGCACCCACUCGGAGCUGCUGGCUAAGAACGGCAUCUACACUGCCCUCUGCACCAUAGAGGGGCCAGGAGCAGGCAACGGUUCCGCCGCCGCCGCCGCCGCCGGCGAUAAUGGGGCCGAAGGCGUCGUCGCCAGGACGGCGAGGCAGAAGUCGGCGUCGGUGGAGAGCGCCAAGAUGCGGCGGCAGUCGAGCUCGGCCGUGAUGCACAAGGGGCAGCAGCCCGGCGGGGAGGGUGGCGACGGCGCGGCCGAGGACAAGGCAAAGGGGGAAGACGACGAGGCCAAGUACCCUCUCCCUCCGUCGUCGAGGAUGUGGGCGCUCAACAAGCCCGAGGCGGGGUACCUCAUCCUGGGACUCAUCGGUGCCCUGAUGGCCGGAAGCCUGUUCCCCAUCGAAGGCGUUCUUAUCGCCAACAUGCAGAACAACCUCUACGCCACCGAUCCGGACAAGGUGCGGAGUGUCGGCGAGAAGUGGUCGCUCGGGUUCGUGGGUCUGGCGGCGGUGGCGAUCGUGGGACACUGCGCCAUGGCCUACGGGUUCUCCGUGGCGGGCGAGCGCCUGACGCGCCGCCUGCGGGAGAUUGGGUUCAGGGCGAUUCUCCGUCACGACAUCGGGUGGUUCGACAAGGAGGAGAACGCGGUUGGCGCCCUCACUACCCAGCUAGAGGAAGACACCGCCAAGGUCCAAUUCGCGACGGGGACUAACGUGGCGAACAAGACUCAGCUGGUCGUAACGCUCUUGCUCGGGGUCGUCAUUGGUCUUGCCUCCGCUUGGCAGAUCGGUCUCCUGGCGCUGGCCCUGAUUCCCUUGAUGGCGACGGCGGCCAUAGUCCAGAUGCAGAUGAUGAACGGCAGCUACGGCGACACCAGCGAACUGGACGGGGGCGCGCAGGCUGGAGUCAUCCUCGGGGGAGCCCUGAACGGCGUCACCACCGUGGCCGCCUUCAACAUGCAGGACUCCACCUCUGCCAAUUACGAGAAGGCGGUGGCCAGGUCCAUCGAGGGCCGCAAGAAGAGGGGUUUGAUGACGGCGGCGGCCUUCGGGUACAGCCAGGGGAUGAUGUUCUGGGUAUUCGCGAUCAUCUUCUACGUGGGCGCCGUCCUGAUCGACAACGGCACCAUCACCUUCCUAGCAUUCUUCCAGGCCUUCUUCGCUGUCUUCCUCGGGGCCUUCGGAGUCGGACAGAUCCAGAGCGAAAUCGGAGCAGCCAACGCGGCGCGGCACGCCGCCGGCAGAAUCUUCUUCCUCAACGAUGAGGACCUGCUCAUCGACCCGCUAGGGGAGGGCGGUGCCAAGGGCCCCUCUGGUGGCUGCGCCGUGAAGUUCAAGGGCAUCAAGUUCGCCUACCCUCAGCGCCCGGACGCACAGGUCUACGGGUCGGAGAAAUUCCCGGGCGGCUUCAACCUGGAUGUCGGUGCGGGGGAGACAGUGGCUCUAGUCGGGCCGUCGGGGAGUGGGAAGUCCACCUGCAUACAGUUGCUCCUCAGGUUCUAUGACCCAGAGGAGGGUACUGUUACCGUAGAUGGGCGCGACGUCAAGGAGGUCAACGUGCACUGGCUACGCUCCCAGAUGGGCUACGUUGGACAGGAACCGGUGCUGUUUACUGGCACCAUCCGCGAGAACAUUGCACGAGGGAAGCCGGGGGCAUCCAUGGCUGAGAUAGAAAAGGCGGCCAAGUCCGCUUUCGCGCACGACUUCGUCACUUCUUUCACGGACGGCUAUGAAACCGACGUCGGCGAAAAGAGCGCCCUUCUCUCCGGUGGCCAGAAGCAGCGGAUCGCGAUCGCCCGCGCGAUCAUCAACGACCCUCCCAUCCUCCUCCUGGACGAGGCUACUUCUGCCCUCGACAACG